GGGCUCCUCAUCCUCCUCCGGGGACUUCAUUUGUUGUUGCGUCUGAAAUCCAGGACAUGGAACUGAAAUCAAAGAGCAAACCUGUGAACGUUCUCCUCGGAUGCGUCGUCGCCGUCUGCUUUAUCACAGUUUGUCCGGCAGAAAGACUCUGCACGGUUCCUCCGGGUCCCGUGACGGUCCCAGAGAACAACACGGCCGACGUCCAGGUGGUGAAGAUCAUCUCCAGCAGUGAUGCGACGCUGAGCGUCACCGUGAACCCUGAAGAUCUGUUCUACCUGAAAGGGAACGCCCUGAUGAUAAAGAAAGGACUGGACUAUGAGUUGUUGCACAGUUCAGCUCUGAUUGUGUGGGUGCUCUGUAGCAGAGAAGGCUCCACAUCCGUGAACGAGUCGGUUGAGGUUUUGGUGGAAAACGUGAAUGAUAACCCUCCAAACUUUGCACAAAGCCACUUCGUACUGGACGUGAAUGAGCUCAUUCCGGUCAACUCCAGCGUCGGACUGAUUGAAGCAUCAGAUGUUGAUUCAGAGCCGCUGUAUUAUCGCUUAGAGCCGGCUACAGAUAAAUACUUCCGCCUGGAAAACAUCAACACUCCAAAGAUAAUAGUUAAAAGCAUCCUGGACUACGAUGUCGUACAGAAGAUCUCUCUGGUUCUACACGUGCAGGACACGCUCGACGGUUCGUCCUCCAACGAGCCCUUCUUCACGUCCGUGGCCACCAUCACGGUGCAGGUGAAGGACGUGGAUAACCGGCCUCCGUGGUUUCAGCCCUGUCUGAGGACCAACUUGGGAAUCGCCAAGCUGUGUGUGAGCACCGGCUACAGAGGCAAAGUCAAUCUCACCGAGAAGGAGGACGGGCCGUUGGUGCUGGAACCCGGUCCGGUGUUUGCCAAGGACGGAGACAAGAACCGGAGCGAGCAGAUCAGCUACAGAAUCCUACGAGGAAAUGAGGGAAACAUUUUCCAGAUCGAUGAAGACACAGGAAACAUCUCCAUGGCUAAAGCGGCUGAUAUCGUCGGGCCGAUAACUCUCACUGUUCUGGCGUCACAGGUGACCAACAGGGAUCAGUUCGCGGUGACGCAGGUGAUCAUGGACGUGAUGAAGAAGAGCAGGAACCCUCCUCGUUUUGAGAAGGAGCGAUACGAAGGAUUUAUCUACAGCAACUCUGUCCCCGAGAGCAUGAUCCUCCGAGACCGAAGCACCAACCGGCCCUUCAGGGUCCGAGCUCGGGACGAGGACUUCGCUGCUGGUGCAAAUCCAGAUGUGAAGUACGAGGUUCAGUACAGCAGCUACGUCAACGUGACCUCAGACGGGUUUGUGAUCCUGAAGAGAGUCGUGAAGACGGAGUCCUUCGCGCUUCAGCUCAGAGCGGUGGACUCGACAACAGGGGAGUUUGGAACAGCUGCCCUCUCUGUUCAGGUCAUACCAGCGGUGGCCAUCCCGUCUCCCUCAAACGUGGGCUACCGUCCGGGCGACAUGGCUCUCCUGGGUCUGGUCAUGGCGGCUCUGCUGGUCCUCUGCCUCAUCGUGAUCGGCUUCCUGAUCUCCCGCCUGUGGAAGGGAAACGCCAGCAUGGACAAAAUAUGUGAGUGCCUGGGCCCCUGCCUGAAGUCUGACGAGCACCAGUCCGGCCACCGGGACUCCCUGCAGUACACCAACGACGGCUUCCAGAAUGAGGGCGAUCAGAGCCGCGGUGGCGGCGGCCGGCGCUGGAACAACGCUCUGCCCAGACGGAGCACCUUCCCUCAGGCACGGGGCCGGGUUCUCCCCAUGGAGAGACGGAGCCGCCACUGCUCCUCCUGCGGCGUCUACACCAACCACGUCCCUAAGGGGAGCCCCUCGGUGAGGCCGUCCAUGAGAGGCCGAGGGGACGGCGACGAGUACGGCAUGAGGUCCCUCAUGGCCAAGCAGAAGAGGAAGGAGGGCCAGAAGACGGUCUGGUUCAAGGAGAUCGAGGACUCGUCCGACAUCGAGGUGGAGAUUAUCCCGGACACUGUGGGCCGGGUGGAGGAGGAGACGGAGGAGGAGCUGGAUAUGGAGGGGGUCGUCAGAGACCCGGCGGCUCCGCUGAGAGAGUCUGACGGCGGGCAGGAAGGCGACAGCACGGAGCCCAGUGAGGAGCAGGACCCGGGAAAUACCGGCUCAGAAAAAGAGAAGGGAGGCCAGGAGCAGGAGGGCUGACAGCAGAGGUCAGAGGUCAGAGGUCAAACUCCAGUGAAGCUGAGCUGUUGUCACUUGUUGGAGACGACAGCCGGCAGCAGGGAGGUCUCAGCAGUCCAGGACGACUCUUCAACGUCUCUGGGUGACUGCCGAACCUCAAGAACAUUCAAGGAUCCAAAAACUAUUUAUUUUCUACUGUGAGUAUCUUAGAAGACGGCGUCUGAGGUAAUAACUUUAUACAUGUUUAAAACAGAAACAAAACACCGGCACUCACACAUAAAGGAUCUUAUUAAUAUACAAAACGAACGUCUGUGUGUUGGGAACCUCUGAUUUAGAUAAACUAGUUUAACUGCUGGUUUGUUUUACAACUUGACUGAUUGUCUGACUUCUUUGUAGAAAUGUUCCCAGAUCUCAGCGGUUAGUUCGGUGAGUAAUAUGUCCUCAUUAACGGAGAGAAACGACGGUCAAAACUACUAAACGUUGUAAUAAAGCGACCUGCGGGCAAUGCUGCAAAUCUAUAAGAGCACUUUCUAAUAAGGUGCCAUUUAUUAAAGGGUUAUACGUUGUGAUGAGGGAUGGAACCGGGGCUGUCGCGGUGAAGGAAUUUCCCCUGCGGUGAUGAUGAUUGGCUCAACAGCCACUUUAAUCUCUCCUGAUUUAAGUGCUGUAUAAAUAAGCUUUGUUAUUCGGCUGUUAUUAGGUAUAUUGUUGCUUUUUAAAUGACCGUUUUAAAAUUAAUUAAAAACUUUUUUAUUGUUAAAUGCAGAACACCGAAGGGCAUCAAGCAGCGUUUCUUUCAGCUGAGAUGCUUUGGUUGCGUCUGGUCGCUAUGAUACGGAAUAUUAAAAUGUCAGCACAAGGUAGAGUACUCGCUCCGGAUGAAAGGAAGACUGAAACUCAUAGGGAGAGAGGACGGACCCGACGGUCUAUGUGUAUUCAUUUCUCCUCCUCCGUUGUUGUUGUUGUUCAGCACUUGUAGCCGACACGUAGGAGGCGGUUGGUCCUUGUGGUAUUUGUCGGCGCCUCCUACACUGUGAUUGGACGGCUGGGUAAAAAAUGACGAGUGCAGCGUUUUACCCGAAGGUGAACUCUAUGCAACCAGAAGAAAACACCAAACGUGGAGCACUCAGCUCAGAAUAGUCGCUCAGCGCCUCGUCGCGCUGCUGGCGUUUAUAGCAGAGCGUAAAAAUACAGCGACCCCACUGCAAAGAAUUUAAAAAAGAAAAAAACGUUAACAUUGCGGUUGAUUGCCAUCUCCUGCGGUUGGCUUGUCAAUAGCGCGGUAUUUCAAUAUUGCGGUUUAUCGCGACAGCCCUAGAUGCAACGAAUUUAUCGAUUAAUCUGCCGAUUAUUUUCUCAAUUAAUCAAAUAAUUGUGAUUAUAUUUUAUGUCUAUAAUUCAUCAGAAAACGGUGAAAAUCACAAUUUUCAAAAGCUAAAUGUGACGUCUUGAAAUAUUUUGUUUCGUCCAUACUUUAAAACCCAAAGAUAUUAAAUUUACCAUCAUGUAGGACCAGGAAACGCAACACAGAAAACUGGAACCAUAGAAAAGUUUUACAUUUUUACACAAAAAAAUUAAUCAUUAAUAAAAAUUGUUGCCAAUUAAUUUUCUACGCUGCUUUAACGACUAAUUGUUGCAGCUCCAGUUGUAACUAAUGGCUUUAUUAGUUGUUAAUUAAUCUUUUAUUAAGGCUUAAUAGGGUACAUUUUUAGGUUUCUAGCUUUUAAAACACCCUCUAUUCUUAAAUUAUUAAUAAAGAGUUUUUAUAAUAAUCUGCAGUUUUAAAUGUUAAAGUUGUAAUAAAUGGAUUUUAGUCAAGCGGUCUACCUGGCAGGUGUUGUUCCUACUUACAAUUGAUCUAUAAAGCAUUAGUAAAUGAUUUAUUAAUCAUUAAUAAACCCAUUAUUCUCUCUUUUCUUAAAUAAAAUGGUGCCUUAUUAGAAAGCGGUCGGGUUAUUGUGAUGUUGGAUUUACAGGAUUUCUGCAUUAAUUUGAUGAAGUAUUUUUAAUUUACUUGAUUAGUUUUUCCCAUCUGGUUAUUUUAAUCUGUGGGUUUAUAAAUUGAAUUUUCAGGACAGUUUACAGUGUUCCUAGAUAUAGAUUCUAUCUCCUACUCGUCGCCUCCAGUCCGGUCAGGAAGUCAGCCGACAACAUGAGUCAGUAGAAAGGUCUAAAACCUGUCGAGUGGUUUGUGUGUGUGCAGUGAACGAGGUUGCUGCGUUGCUGUGAUGAGGAUUUCAGUCUCUUUCUCUUCAAGCUUUACUAAAACUAGAUUUGAUAUAUGAAGACAAACUGUAUCUACUGAAUACUAAAACAGCUGAGAGGAUGUUUUUAUGUGGACUGUAUUUUUGAGAUGUUAAACUUUAUGUAAAAUAACUACUUUAUGGAUGAAUCUGUGGUUAAUGUAUAGUUGACUUUUUGUACAUUAAAGUGAUCGAAGGAAUAAUAAAGUUUGAAGGAUU